AACCCGAUCGCCGAGCCGCGACCCGGGGUGCUCGGCCCCGCCGCCCGCCAGGCUUCGGCUCCUGCCCCGGGCCGGGCCUCGCGCUGUACAGGCACUGAGGAUGAGUGUCCCUGACUACAUGCAGUGUGCGGAGGACCACCAGACCCUCCUGGUGGUGGUGCAGCCCGUGGGCAUCGUGUCUGAGGAGAAUUUCUUCAGGAUCUACAAGAGGAUCUGCUCGGUGAGCCAGCUCAGCGUGCGUGACUCCCAGCGAGCACUCUUCAUCCGCUACCGCCACCACUACCCACCCGAGAACAAUGAGUGGGGAGACUUCCAGACGCAUCGCAAGGUUGUGGGCCUCAUCACCGUCACCGACUGCUUCUCAGCCAAGGACUGGCCGCAGACCUUCGAGAAGUUCCACGUGCAGAAGGAGAUCUACGGCUCCACGCUCUAUGACUCCCGGCUCUUUGUCUUUGGGCUGCAGGGGGAUGUGGCUGAGCAGCCACGCCCCGAUGUGGCCUUCUACCCCAGCUACGAUGACUGCGACUCGGUGGAGAAGCGCAUUGAGGACUUCAUCGAGUCACUCUUCAUCGUGCUGGAGUCCAAGCGUCUGGACAGAGCCACGGACAAGUCUGGGGACAAGAUCCCUCUUCUCUGUGUCCCUUUUGAGAAAAAGGACUUCGUGGGACUGGACACGGAUAGUAGACAUUACAAGAAGCGGUGCCAAGGACGCAUGCGGAAGCACGUAGGGGACUUGUGCCUCCAGGCUGGCAUGCUGCAGGACGCUCUGGUGCACUACCACAUGUCUGUGGAACUUCUCCGCUCCGUGAAUGACUUUCUGUGGCUCGGGGCUGCCUUGGAAGGGCUGUGCUCGGCUUCAGUCAUCUACCACUAUCCGGGUGGAACAGGGGGUAAGACUGGGGCUCGCCGGCUCCAGGGCAGCUCACUUCCUGCUGAAGCAGCCAACAGACACCGACCAGGGGCACAGGAAGUUCUCAUUGACCCAGGUGCUCUCACCACCAAUGGCAUCAAUCCUGACACCAGUGCUGAGAUUGGACGAGCUAAGAAUUGUCUCAGCCCUGAAGACAUAAUCGACAAAUACAAAGAGGCCAUUUCCUACUACAGCAAGUAUAAGAACGCUGGAGUGAUUGAGCUGGAAGCGUGUGUCAAGGCCGUACGGGUCCUGGCCAUUCAGAAGCGUGGCAUGGAAGCCUCAGAGUUUCUUCAGAACGCAGUGUACAUCAACCUUCGGCAGCUUUCCGAGGAGGAGAAGAUCCAGCGCUACAGCGUCCUCUCGGAGCUGUACGAGCUGAUCGGCUUCCACCGCAAGUCGGCGUUCUUUAAGCGGGUGGCAGCCAUGCAGUGUGUGGCCCCGAGCAUCGCAGAGCCCGGCUGGAGGGCCUGUUACAAGCUCCUCCUGGAGACGCUGCCUGGCUACAGUCUGUCGCUGGACCCCACGGACUUCAACAAAGGUCCACACCGAGGCUGGGCUGCCGUCCAGAUGCGCCUGCUGCACGAGCUGGUCUACGCCUCCCGCAGGAUGGGGAACCCCGCGCUCUCUGUGCGGCACCUGUCCUUCCUUCUGCAGACCAUGCUGGACUUCCUGUCGGAUCAGGAAAAGAAAGACGUGACUCAGAGCUUGGAGAGCUACACAUCCAAGUGUCCUGGGACAAUGGAGCUCAUCACCCUCCCAGAUGGUCUCACACUGCCCCCGGUGCCCUUCACUAAGCUGCCCAUUGUCAGGCGUGUGAAGCUACUGAGCCUCCCUGCCAGCCUCCAGCCACAGAAAGUGAAGAGCUUGCUGGGGCAGAACAUGUCAACCAAGAGCCCCUUCAUCUAUUCACCAAUCAUCGCCCACAACCGCGGAGAAGAACGCAACAAGAAGAUAGAUUUCCAGUGGGUUCAAGGAGACGUGUGCGAAGUUCAGCUAAUGGUGUACAACCCAAUGCCGUUUGAGCUCCGCGUCGAGAACAUGGGGCUCCUCACCAGCGGAGUGGAGUUUGAGUCCCUUCCUGCAGCACUCUCUCUUCCUGCGGAAUCUGGUCUGUACCCAGUGACGCUGGUCGGCGUCCCUCAGACGACAGGGACAAUUACCGUGAACGGUUACCACACCACGGUCUUCGGUGUCUUCAGUGACUGUCUGCUGGACAACCUCCCCGGAGUGAAAACCAGUGGCUCUACCGUGGAAGUCAUCCCGGCCCUGCCAAGACUGCAGAUCAGCACGUCCCUGCCCAGAUCUGCACAUUCAUUGCAACCUUCCUCUGGGGAUGAAAUAUCUACUAACGUGUCCGUCCAGCUUUACAACGGGGAGACGCAGCGGCUCGUCGUCACCUUGGAGAAUAUUGGACUGGAGCCACUUGAGCAGCUGGAAGUCACCUCGAAGCUUCUCUCCACCAAGGAAAAGCUGAAUGGCGACUUCUUGAGCUGGAAGCUGGAUGAAACACUGGCCCAGUUGCCCCUGCAGCCUGGGAAGGUGGCCACUCUCACCGUCAGCGUCAAGGCGAAGCUGGACUUCUCCUGCCAGGAGAACCUCCUCCAGGAUCUCAGUGAUGAUGGCAUCAGCGUGAGCGGCUUUCCCCUGUCCAGUCCUUUCCGCCAAGUCGUCCGGCCCCGAGUGGAGAGCAGACCCACCAACCCCGCCGAGGGCAGCAAGACCGGGGACCCCAGCCACCUGAAGACUCUGGAGGCUAUCCUGAACUUCAAGUAUUCUGGUGGCCCUGGACAUGUGGAAGGAUAUUACAGGAACCUCUCGCUGGGUCUACACGUGGAAGUGGAGCCUUCUGUGUUUUUCACACGAGUCAGCACCCUCCCGGCCACCAGUACCCGGCAGUGCCACCUGCUCCUAGACGUCUUCAACUCCACAGAGCACGAGCUGACCGUCAGUGCGAGGAGCAACGCCGAGCUCAUCCUGCACGCCGGCGAGUGCCAGCGAAUGGCUAUUCAAGUAGACAAGUUCAACUUUGAAAAUGUCCUGGAGUCCCCUGGAGAGAAGGGGCAGUUUGCAAACCCAAAGCAGUUGGAAGAGGAGAGGCAGGAAGCCCGGGGCCUGGAGAUCAGCAGCAAACUGGACAUCUGCUGGGGGAUCCCCUCUCUGAAGCGCAGCGGCGAGGCGAGCGUGGAGCGGCUCCUGAGCCAGCUCGUCCUGGAACACCUGCAGCUGGCUCCUCUGCAGUGGGACAUACUGGUGGACGGGCAGCCGUGUGACUGUGAGGCAGCAGCUGCCUGUCAGGUUGGUGACCCUGUGCGGUUGGAGGUGCGGCUGACCAACCGGAGCCCCCACAGCGUGGGACCCUUCGCCCUCACUGUGGUCCCCUUCCAAGACCACCAGAAUGGCGUGCACAAUUACAACCUGCAUGAUGUCAUAUCCUUCGUGGGUUCCAGCACCUUCUAUUUGGAUGCGGUACAGCCAUCGGGUCAGUCAGCCUGCCUUGGGGCCCUCCUCUUCCUCUACACGGGGGAUUUCUUCCUCCACAUCCGCUUCCACGAAGACAGCAAGAGGAAGGAACUGCCGCAGUCCUGGUUCUGCCUGCCCAGCGUACAUGUGCGUGCCCUGGAGGCCUCGGGCUGAGCCCGCUGGUCUUCAGUCCCGCAGCAGAGGGGACACAGCCUAUGAAGGAGCGCAUGCCUGCCCCACUGUGUCUCCUCCUCCUUGUACCACGCCCCGCCAUCCUCCCUGCUCCCUCUGCUGUCUUUUCUGUUCCCAGCCCACUUCGCUAACUGACACCAGACGCAGUGCAGGUCUGGGUCUGCUCCGUGGCCCCAGGUAUGGAGGUCCUCCCUGAUCCGCUGCCCCCCUUUGACCUUAGGAAGAAAUGAUGAACCAGUAUGAGUCCCCUUUCAGCUCUUAGGUCUCCUGAGACUGACUUCCUCAAGGGUAGCAUGUGUGGGUGACCAAGUCAAACAGGUGUCUGGAUGUUCCCUGCCUGCUGGGCUCUGGGCUCUAGGCCUGUGUAUCCAUGUUGUUCAGUUCUUCAAUAAAGGUCCUGUCUUGCUCUCCUGGCA